UCACUCCGCUUCAGGACGAGUGACACAAGCUCCAAAGCCUCGGUAUCAUUUGCCCAUCACUAAUAACUCCCCCAAAGCGUCUCGACAGCUAGAAAAGCCGUUCCGACCGCUAUCCAUCUCCUGUUGGAUCGCUCCGCGGUUACUUCCUGGUUUUUAGUCUGACCGGGAGAAGCUGCAGAGAUGUCAGACAACGGCGGCUUGGCUGUCGGCCUUCUGUCUUACGAGACGCUGGUUCAUGCUGUGGCAGGUGCAAUGGGGAGUGUGACAGCUAUGACCGUCUUCUUUCCUUUGGACACUGCCAAAAGCAGACUGCAGGUGGAUGAGAACCGAAAGUCUAAUUCCACCCCUGUCAUCCUGGCUGAGAUUGCAAAGGAAGAAGGCUUUCAGUCGCUGUACAGAGGCUGGUUCCCAGUCAUCUCCAGCCUCUGCUGCUCCAACUUUGUCUACUUCUACACCUUCAACUCACUGAAGAAGCUGACGGCUUCUGAUCAAGCCAAGUCCAGACCUGGCAAAGACCUGCUCAUGGGGAUCGUAGCAGGUGUGGUGAAUGUGGUCCUGACCACUCCCAUGUGGGUGGUCAACACUCGGCUAAAGCUUCAGGGGGCAAAGUUCAGAAACGAAGACCUCCAUCAGACCCGGUACAGGGGCAUAUUUGAUGCUUUCUCACAGAUCAUAGCUAAUGAGGGAGUGGGAACUCUGUGGAACGGCACUCUGCCCUCUCUCAUCCUCGUCCUCAACCCGGCUGUGCAGUUUAUGCUUUAUGAGGCCAUGAAGAGGAAGGCAGCCCAGGGAGGGGGGAAGAUACGGUCAGCAGAGAUCUUUCUCAUUGGAGCCAUUGCCAAGGCCAUUGCUGCCACAGCGACAUAUCCUCUGCAGACAGUUCAGGCCAUUCUAAGGUUUGGCCAGUACAAAGGUGAUGGCAAGGGUGGUGUGACUGGAAGCCUCUCAAACAUUUUCUCCCUGCUAAUGGACAGAAUCAGGAGGAACGGUGUUCUUGGUUUGUACAAAGGUCUGGAGGCCAAGCUGCUACAGACGGUGCUGACAGCUGCCCUGAUGUUUGUUGUGUAUGAGAAGAUCACUGCUGCUACCUUCAAAGUCAUGGGCCUGAACAAGAAACUGAAGCGGUGAACACACACCUACUUGAAUACAGUACAUCAUUGAGGGCAGGUUUUGUUAACGUCAGUCACUGAAACGGUGUAAUGCGAUGGGAUUGGGGGCCUUCAGGGCCACGGUUUCACAUAGUCACUCAAAGCAUGCAGUAUAUAAGUAUUACAACCAGAGCUGGAUGUAAUACUUAUGAUUCUCUCUCCCUCUCUUUUAACCUUUAAACUGGUUCCAUUCUUUCAGGCAAAACCAUGAUUUUCUGCACUGGUGAAUCUUUCUUGAUAUGGUGAUCUUACAGGAGAUGGUUGAGUUUCAUGGUAAAGGAAAGAAAAUAAGUGUCUCGUAACUCAACUCAGCUGAUUAGUCUGGCAGUAGUCACAUUAUUUUCUCAAAGAAAAGUUUGAUAUUAGAGGAAAACGCUUAUUCACCUUCUUGCUGAGAAAAGAUUGACUCCGCUCUCGUAACCCUACACUAAAUAUAAAGCUACCACCACAACUGGAUUACCAGUCAGGCAAAGUGGUGACUGCUCAGUUGCCCCAAACUCCUCGGGGCCUGAAAGCAUCACGUUAACAACAUAUCAUUUGAUUAGUUACAGUUUUUUUUUUUUUUAUUGCAUUACUACAGCACAGUAUCAAUUCUGAUGGGUCCUUCGUCCUCCACCUUGUCGCCUGGUCUUGAAGAGAGAGACCUUGUGCUAAAGGUUUUAAAACCUUCAGUAUUCUACUUGUAGUUUGUUGUAAUGUUUUAUCAAAAUGCUUCAAAUUUUUUAAAGGAAUUACCACAUAUAAAACCUUGGGAAAGGUAGUAUUAAUUCAUCACAGGAGAACUCUAAGGUUGCAACCAACCAUUAUUUUUAUUAUCAAUACAUCUGACAUCUAUUUAAUAAUUGAUUGGUUGCUCAGUGUAUUAAAAAGUCAACAUGGUGGAAAAAAGGCAGGACAGUAUUCCUUGAAGCUCAAGUGAGCAUAUUCAAACAGAUCGUUUUAGAGUCAAAAAUACUAAAAAAGUUGUUUGCUAAUAUAUAACUAGCAAAUAUUCACAUUUUAGAAGCUGGUACUUAAUAGCGAAAUCUUGGUGAAUAAGUGUAUUUCCCAAAAUGUCAAAACUAUUUCUGCAGCAUUAGGGGUUUGGUGCAGGUGAUGAGACCAAUACGGUACUUACAGUACUUAGGUGUUGCUUUGACUUACACCACUGGACCAUUCUUCAUACUUUGUUUAAUAUUUUAACGGAGAAAUUAAUGUAUGUUUGAUGUUCUGCAAGAUGGAAAUUCCUACAAGAUCAUUUUUAUUAGGCUGAUAUAAUAUAUAUGUUACUGUUACACACAAAUUAUCAAUAAUAACAAAAACGGUGAAAUGGAAAACAGGGCAGAGCUGCCAUUCAUAUUUAUAGAUUUGUGCGUAAAAUAUGCACUGAAUGUUUGAAUGUUUUGGUGUUAAUAAUUCUCUUCUUAAGUUGCCAUGAAUUUAAUACUAAUGGGAAUGACUACUUAACCUUGAACCAAUUAAGAGUAAAAGUUACAUGUGUGCAAAUACUGCAGUAGGUGCUAAGUGCCUCCUAAUUAUAUCGCAAAAAUCUGUACUAUGAACUGAUACACGUGCUAUAAUGACUGUUGAGUUACAUAAAGAUAUGAUGCACUUAAUUACUAGUCUACAUGACCGUUGGUCAGUAUGGACAUUGUCACACAGGUGACUUCCAUUGUUUAUUUCACUGUUUUGUUAGCAGUGUAAGGCAGUCAGGGUUUGCAAUAAGUUACAGUAUUUUUUUAUUACAUUCGUUUAUCUGCAGCCGUUCACUUACUUGCAGUUGAUUCACUCUUUAUGUUGCAGUUGAACUGGCUGUUUGAGCAUUUAACGUGCAGGUUUUAAUCAUUACAAGAGGUAUUGCCCUCUACACAGUUUUGCAUGAUCCCAGUUAAAACUCACAGCCUUUUCACUCUUUGUGGUAUUAAUUGGUGUGAGUGGUACCAAAACCAAAUGACACAUUUACCAGAUUCGAGCUCCUUUUCAUUAUGUUAGCUGAGCUGGGACCUUCUGCUAACUCAUUCACCUGCUGGCCUCAGGUACACCAUACACUAUACUGUAUGUGCAUAUCAGUGGCCUGUAUACCUGCUACGAAAUGAAUUCAUAAUAUCAAAUAAAUGUGUAUUUCAAGUUUGGGAAAUAAAAUCUAGUUUUCUACUUCCAUCAGUUUAAUGUUGUAAGAACUGUCCCCAAAUCUAGCUUCUCGCACCAGAGGUGGACUUUAAAUUCUCUAAAUCUGAGAAUAGUACAUGAGUGAAAAAGUAGAAAACUGAAAAAAGAUCAUUCAGCUGGGUGAGGAAGACCAAAUGAACUUUGUUUAAUAGUUAAGAACCAGCCUGAACCUGGUGAAUGUGUCGGUGUUAUUAAAAAAAGAAAAAG